CUAGCACCCACUCUCCUACACUGGCUCAACUGGAUUACGAACUUCUUGGGACAAAUGGUUUGAGAGAGGAAAAUCUUCAGAAAUAUGAAGACUUGGUGUCUGUCCAGGAUGAGGCGCCCAUGGAAAACCCAGCUUCCGUCUCUCUUUCUGCUUUACCUGUUGGGAGCUGUGAGGACUCAAGUCAACCCAGGUGUGUGUCGGUAUCCACUGGGCAUGUCUGGAGGUCAGAUCCAGGAUGAAGACCUCUCGGCCUCCAGCCAGUGGUCGGAGUCGACGGCAGCCAGAUACGGCAGGCUGGAAUCUGAGGAGGGGGACGGUGCGUGGUGUCCAGUCACCGUAGAGGGGCCGGAGGGCCUGCAGGAGUUCCUGCAGAUCGACCUGCGCUCGCUGCACUUCAUCACGCUGGUGGGCACGCAGGGGCGGCACGCCGGCGGCAUGGGCAACGAGUUCGCCCAGAUGUACAAGAUCAAGUACAGCCGCGACGGCAGCCGCUGGAUCUCCUGGAGGAACAGACAGGGAAAGCAGGAGAUUGAGGGAAACAGAAAUGCAUAUGACAUUGUGCUGAAGGACCUGGAGCCUCCGAUCAUCGCUCGCUAUGUGCGCUUCAUGCCCGUCAUUGACCACUCCAUGAACGUCUGCAUGAGGGUGGAGCUUUAUGGCUGUGAAUGGCUGGACGGCUUGGUAUCCUACAAUGCUCCAGCAGGCCAGGAGAUGAUGCUUAAUGACCUGCCAGUCUUCCUCAAUGACUCUGUUUAUGACGGGGCUGUAGGCUACAGCAUGACGGAGGGUUUGGGCCAGCUGACAGACGGGCAGAGCGGUCUAGAUGACUUCACCCUCAGCCACAUCUACAACGUGUGGCCCGGUUACGACUACGUGGGCUGGACUAAUGAGAGCUUCCCCAACGGUUUUGUGGAGAUCAUGUUUGAGUUUGACCGCACACGCAACUUCACCACAAUGAAGGUGCACUGCAACAACAUGUUCAAGUGGCACGUGAAGACCUUCCAAAAGGUGGUCUGUUAUUUCCGCUCCGAGUCCGACUGGGAGCCCACACCAGUGUCCUUCAGUCCUGUGAUGGACGACGUCAAUCCCAGCGCCCGAUUCGUCACUGUCUCGCUGUAUAACCACAUGGCCAGUGCCAUCAAAUGCCAGUAUUACUUCUCUGAUAUGUGGAUGAUGUUCAGCGAGAUCACCUUCCAGUCAGACACUGCAAUGUACAAUACAACUUUGGCUCCUCCUAAGACCGGCCCACCAACUAGCACCCAACCAGGGGAUGACCCCACUCAUAAAGUAGAUGAUAGCAACACAAGGAUUCUCAUUGGCUGUCUGGUGGCCAUCAUCUUCAUCUUGGUAGCCAUCAUAGUCAUUAUCCUCUGGAGACAAGUUUGGCAAAAGAUGCUGGAGAAGGCCUCUCGGAGGAUGCUGGACGAUGAACUAACGGCUAGUUUGUCGAUACAGAGUGAGACGUUCACUUACAACAACAACAACAACCCCUCCUCUGCACCCAGUGAGCAGGAGUCCAACUCCACCUACGAGCGCAUCUUCCCCCUGGGGCCUGACUACCAGGAGCCCUCUCGCCUCAUCCGCAAACUGCCCGAGUUUUCCCAGUCCACAGAGGAGGCCGCCUCCACCAGCACGGCGACAAAGUCCGCUGCGACCAACGCCUCCAGCCAGGAUGGCGUGCCUCAUUACGCUGAGGCUGACAUUGUUAACCUGCAGGGGGUUACUGGGGGCAACACCUACGCUGUACCUGCGUUGACGAUGGAUUUGUUGUCAGGGAAAGACGUGGCAGUAGAGGAGUUCCCACGCAAGCUGCUGACCUUCAAAGAAAAGCUAGGAGAGGGCCAGUUUGGAGAGGUCCAUUUGUGUGAGGCAGAGGGCAUGCAGGAUUUCAUGGAUGAGGACUUCUCAUUUGACAUCAGUGAAAAGCAGCCUGUACUGGUGGCUGUGAAGAUGCUGAGAGCAGAUGCCAAUAAAAAUGCCAGGAACGACUUCCUGAAAGAGAUAAAGAUCAUGUCGAGGUUGAAAGACCCCAAUAUCAUUCGUCUGCUGGCCGUGUGUAUCUGCAGUGACCCACUGUGCAUGAUCACAGAGUACAUGGAGAACGGAGACCUCAAUCAAUUCCUGUCCCGUCAUGAACCCGAGGGCCAGAUCGCCCUGCUCAGCAAUGCCCCCACUGUCAGUUACCGUAAUCUGUUGUACAUGGCCACCCAGAUCGCUUCAGGGAUGAAAUAUCUCUCUUCGCUCAACUUUGUCCAUCGUGAUCUGGCCACCCGCAACUGCCUUGUGGGCAAGAACUACACCAUCAAGAUUGCCGACUUCGGCAUGAGCCGUAACCUGUAUAGCGGGGACUACUAUCGCAUCCAGGGUCGAGCAGUGCUGCCUAUCCGCUGGAUGUCCUGGGAGAGCAUCCUACUGGGAAAGUUCACCACAGCCAGUGACGUGUGGGCCUUUGGGGUGACGCUUUGGGAGACACUGACCUUUUGCAAAGAGCAGCCUUACUCCCAGCUCUCCGAUGAGCAGGUGAUCGAGAACACCGGAGAGUUCUUCAGAGACCAAAAACGCCAGAUCUACUUACCACAACCGGCCAUGUGUACAGAUCCACUCUACAAGCUCAUGCUGAGUUGCUGGCGCAGGAACACCAAGGAGCGUCCUUCUUUCCAGGAAAUCCAUUGCAUUCUUCUGGAAUGCCAGGUUUAGACCUGGAAUGGUGUCCCCUUGAAUGCCACAACAGGCGCAUCCAGAGACACUUUGUGUGCCCGCAGGACUCCAAACAGCAAACAAUACCAGUGAACAGACAGACAUGCACACACAUGGGACUCUCCUCAACCCUCUCUCCUCGGUCCUCGAGCCUCAAUCCUCCGGCUCGUUCCCACUGAUCUAUAAAGAGCACUGGAUAGACUAUCCCAUCAUUGCCGCCCCAUCAUUCUUCAUAGAUCAGAGCCGGAGGACCGAGGAUCGAGGACAGAGGAGAGAGGGUUGAGAAGAGCCCAUACACUCACAAAAUCACACCCCCUGUGUUUAACAGGGAUUGCUUGUCAAUCCGUUGCCAAAGCAACUUCAAGUCAGCACCUCCGGGUGGCAGUAUAGAGACAAACCAAAGAAAUGUAGCAUUUAGGCACUUUUUGUCAAAUAAAAUCCACGGUUUUAUACCCAUAGGUUUGUUGUCAUUAAAGAUGUCCCCAAACUAAUGUACAAAGAAUGCAAAAAAAAGAUAUUUACAUAGAAUGAUCUCAUGUUUUUCAAAUGUUUUCAUUUUGAAGACAGCUUGAAUGUAAAUAGUACAUGCAGUUCGAUGGGUAAUGUAGAGAAUUGUGUAGAGUGUAUUUUGACAAAUGUAAGAAUGUUUCUUUUGCUUAUUGUUAUCCAGUCAUACACAGCAGAACAGAGUCACACUUUUUUUUCUUUAUUUAUGAAACCUUUUUUUCUAGAUGCUAAAAAUGGAAUCAGCCCACAUACUGUAUGCAUGCCAAUCACUUGUUCACAAAAGACUUUUAAAAGACUGAUACUAUGUUAAAUUCUCAACAAUUAUCAGUCAGACAUGUCACCACAACUACCUACAGUGUAUAAGUUAAUAUUUAUGUUGUCUCAAAACAGAUUUUUAAUGUUUGUUUAAUAAUCUCACAAACAUAUCCCAUUUUGCUUUAUGUGUCCAGAAACAUUCAAGUCUUCCUAUCAUUCUGACAUUGUUAUUGCACAAGUAUGAUUGUUGUAAAAUGCGUAAUGUUUUGAGAGAAAAGAAAUCAUACUUACAGGGCAUUCAAACAAAAAUGUGGAUAUGACGUUUAUCAAGGAUUAUAAACCAAAUUCAAUUAAUGCUGUCUUAGAGUUGCAUCACCGUGAAUGAUGGUGAUUAAGUCAUUAAUGAGAAUGUGCCAUUCAUUUAAAAUGUUCAUGUCUGUAUGUAGUCUUACUGUCCUACAAACUGUAGGAUCAGCUCCUAAUGACAUAUAUAUAUUCAUGCUUCAUUGUCAUGUUUUUGUCAUGCAUUUAUGAAUGUAAAGCCUAAUUUUCCUCCAUACAGGAAAACAAAAAAAAGCCUUUUCAUUUGGAUAUCAGGUCUUCAUAAAACGCUGACCUGACCACAUGCUUGUAAACAUCCACUUCUGAUAAAAAAAAAAAAAAACUGGACUUCUUUAGAGAUGCACUAUGGUGGUUUAUUGUAAGUUAGGCUUUGACAUAUUAUUCUUCUGCAUUCCAAUGAAAUCAGUGAAAACGUGUGCAAGCUGGGUUUUUGUUUCUAACUUUACAGGUGAUGUCAACUACUAUGAACUGAGAGAGGAUUUUAAGUCUUGUGUGAUAUGACAUUUGUACCUUCAGCAAUAGAAAUGGCAAAUGGAAUGAGAGAUUGUGUAAAUUUGGUGUAGAUGGUUCACGUGAUGUUCAGAACAAUUAAAGAUGUUUUUUGGGUCACAUUUCCACACUUACAGUAUCUGUGGAAGCUUCCAGAUGUCUAGAUUCUCAAUAAAGAUGUAUUUAUGACAAUAUAUAAUGUAACACACUAAAAGGCUAUGUUCCAUAUCUCAUGGACCCACUGUAGUUAUCUUUGAACUUUGAGCCAAAAAAAAAAUAAGAUUGCAAUGUAGGCAUAGUCUUACAUAUAGGCUAAUUCCAGCAUGUGCAUAUUCUAACAAAUAUGACAGUUUGUUUCUGUUGUAUCCCAGUUUGUUGUGUCCUCUCUUCAAUUUGAAUUUGAAAGUAUGGCUGUACAAUAGAUUUAGCCUAUUCAUCAUUUUGGUGAUUGAUUUCAAGCGGUAACAUUUUAUUGUAGGCUAUUUGUAUGAAUUAUAAGACUUAUUCGCCAUAUUAUCUGUACCUGGGUUUUGCAUCAUCUUUGUAUAAUGGUUUUAAUUAUAUAUAAAAAGUUUAUUGAUACUGACUUAAUUAUGUACAGUAAAUAUUGUAUAGUGGUCAUCUCUGUGUUACUGCUUUAAUUCAGCUUUAUUCAUUGUAUUCAGUUAUUUGUUAUCCUCAUAUAGUUUAUGAAAAUGCAUACGUUGGACUGAUUUGUAUAAAUAUUUGUCACUGACAAAAUAAAA